AUCCGUCGCCGAGAUUUUGUGUAGGUGUUAAUAACAUGAUUGUAAACAUAAAUGGUGUAUAUACAUAUCACACGCACAUUUGGUAUCAUCGAUCAUCACUCAACAUUUUGAUGGGAAGCUAUAAGGAUAGGCAAGCUCCAACGGAGACCGUACCUACUCCGGUGUACAUAUUUCGUGGGCAUGAAGAACAAAUCAAUAGUUUACAAUUCGCAGAGGAUAAUUCAUUCCUGGUGUCAGGAGAUGCAGGUGGAAUCAUCAUGAUUUGGGAUAUGAAAACGAAACGUUCGGUUAUACGAUUUAAGGCUCACGAUGAUGGAAUUCUGCGAGCUACAGACGGUGUCACAUUCGUUAUUAACGUGAUACUUUGUGAAGGUAGUCAUGGAAGGGAUAAUUUCAUACACAUUUGGAAAUAUAAUCAACUUUUGCAGGGAUCGAAUGACACCAGAGAGGAUGCUUCGUCAUUGAAGCCUGAAAAGAGUUUGCCGGUAAAUUCUUUGAACUUUUGCAAAUUCGACAUACGCUACAGAAAAUCUGGAGUUGAUGAAGAGCAAGAAGAGAUCUUGGUGGUCAUUCCCAAUGUCACGGAAUCUUCUGCUAUUGAUAUUUGGAAUCUCUCGGAUCAACGAAUAAUUGCAUCUUCGAUUGGAUUGGAUCAGAAACAAGAAAGAGGCAUAUUCAUUUUUUUCAUUUCUAAUGCAUUGUUGAAUUUAUUUCUUAAUCAUUUUUUUUCUUUCCAAGGUUAUUGCAUGGCCUUGAGAUUGAUCCAGUAUCCCAACAAUCAAGGCCCUCAACCGAUUAACUAUUUGAUACUGGCAGCUUAUGAAAAUGGUAGUGUGGUCCUAUGGUCGGUGACAUUAGGAAGUGAUGAAAGAACGGUUGUUGAUCAAUUGUGGAGUCGUAAGGAGCAUAGUGAAAGUGCUUUGGGUCUCGAUGUUUCGAUUGACAAAAGGUUUGCAAUAUCUACAGCUGGCGACAAUAAAAUUGUGAAAUACAUUUUUGAUGAAGAGAAUUACCAUGCCGAACCGUUAAUCAAGAGCACAACGGUGAAAUAUGCUGGAAUAGCAGAUGUAAAGAUUCGGUCCGAUGGAAAGAUUUUUGCUACAGCUGGAUGGGAUGCAAAAAUUCGCGUAUUUUCAUCAAAGUCCCUAAAACCACUGGCAAUACUACAAUACCAUCGAGAAAGUGUCUACGCAUUAGCAUUUUCCUUAAUUUUGGGUCAAGAUGCUAUCAAACAAUCCGCAACGUUCGAAAAUGAACCCAAGGAUAAGAAUGUCGAUGACAGGAUUGUGCAAGAGCAGCGGCAACAAUUCACGAAACAUUAUUUGGUUGGAAGCGGUAAAGAUCACAGGAUUAGUUUGUGGGAAAUUUAUUAA